AUGGGGUCUUUGGAAGCCGCACCUAGGCACAGAGACCCUUUGCCCGCCAUAGGGUUUUUAGGAAAGGACUCGCCCUUCAUUUCUAAAUGCCACUCGAGCGCGACCGCUUCACCAACCCCUCUCAUGAGCCCCAACGUCAUGUACGCCGGUCAACCACUAUCCUAUGCCUAUGCGCCCAACGCACAGCCGGGUUACAUCUCCCCGUCCGAGGCGCGUCGCGGCAUUGACGAGGAAACCGACAAACCAACUCCGAGGCAAUCCCUCCCCUCCAUUCACGAAGCUCUCGGCAACGACUCCCUCCCAUACCCUGCGCCCACCUCCGCUCCUCCACCACAAUCACACCCUGCGCCGUCACAUAUCACCGGACGACCAAGCACAGAAGGCCCGUCGGGUCCGCCAAAUCCCUUUAAUCCCGGGGUGAUGCGCGAGCCCGGGUACCCUCACCACCUCCAGGACUCGCACUCUAGCCUCACCUCCGUCAACACCCAAGAUUCCCGCGCCUCCCUCCACUCCCUCAGCACCGGCAAGUCCCCCACGCAGAGCGCCAAAACAGGCAUCACCUCCGUGGGCUCCCAACACUCGACCUACGACUACAGCGCGCCUCCCUCCGCCGGCAGCGUCGCGUCCCCCAAUGGCUACAGCCAUUUCCCGCCAAAUUAUUCCUUCCAAUCGACACCUAGCCACUCAUAUCAGCCCGCACCUUACGAUAAUCGCCCUUACAUGGGUGCGCGCGUGGACGAAGUUAAGGGUGGAUUUGUGGGCCGACCAGCGCCCCCUCACAGCGACACCGUCAAGCGGCACCUUGACGUUUACGACGUGGAGCAAUCCUUGAAUGAGAUCGCCGAAAUGAGCACACGAACUCUAGACUUUUCGCGACACUAUGCUGCUCGCGCACACCAAACCCAGCGGUCUGGCCCACUACUAGGGUCCCUCCCUUCGCUAACUGAAGUGGAGGACAUGCUCCAUAUGCAACGGCGGAACCAAGAUGCCUUGGUCCGGAUACGCACGGCCGUUGUGAACCAAGAACAGGCGCUCGCCGAACAAAUGGCCCAGCGCAAGGCGUUUAAGACCGAAGACGACCACAUGGCCAUGUACCCGGAUGAUUACAAGGGCACCGGUGGUUUCGCGGGUGCUGACCCAAAGAAAAGGCGCGGAAAGGCCGCCCCUCCUGGUCGUUGCCACAGUUGUAACCGAGCCGAAACGCCUGAAUGGCGUCGGGGUCCAGAUGGUGCCCGGACGCUGUGUAACGCCUGCGGCUUGCACUACGCCAAGCUGACUCGCAAGAUGGGCGCGAACAAGGCGGCGGGUUUGGGUUCCAAUCUGAAGCCAAAGUCGGUCCUGGACUCCGCCUCGCCAACCAGUCAUUAA